CAUAAAAGUUGUCAAAAAUUGACUGAAAUCAAGAAAAUCUUCAAGUUUUUCUUGAUUUUCGCAGGGAAAAUGCUUCGUAAUUCGUUAAAUUUGGUGAAAAGUUCGUUCUUUCAGCAACCAGCUGUAGUUACGGCAUGUUUUCUCCCGCAGACAAGAAACACUUUCAUCCUGAAACGUCGAUGGGAACCAAAACUUCACAAGAAAAAUGAAAAACCUGCCAAACUGCGUGGGCGUCACUUUGUUUAUGACUUUGUCGAGGAUACAACAGUCAAACCGCGUUACUUGAAGCUCAUUUUGUCGUCUUUUGUCGAAGGAAUGGGCCAAAAAGGCGAUAUCGUAACCGUGAAACACGACGUCGGAUACAACAAACUUCUUUUGCCGGGUCUUGCUGUCUAUCACACACCCGAAAAUUUGAAGAAAUACGAAAGAACGGCAGAAUCUAUCGCUGAAGAGGCUUUGAAACACAGUACGCCGUAUGCCGAAAGAACUGUCAACAUCCUCCAAAGCUUGACUUUCUUCCUUUCGAUGAACAAAGAUCAUCCAUGGACCAUAGAAAAAUGGCAUAUUCGAACGACUUUUAGAAAAAUGCAGAUUUAUGUGCCCGAUGAAUGCAUUGAAAUGCCAAAGGAGCCAAUUACGGGUCCCGAUAUGGAAAAGGAGCAUAAGGAGUUUUAUGUAACUGUCACGAUAAACAAUUUGGAGAAGGCGAGAGCGAGAUUUAGGAUUCAUCAUUGGUCGUCAGAACCGUCGGAGAGAUUGCCGUACAUCUAUGAGUUUUGGAAAAAGCCUUCGGAGUUACUUUUUCCCGAUGAUGAAACACAAAGACCGUUAGCAAAAUGAGAAAAGUGUCUUCGAGGUACUGAAAAGUAAUAAAUUUUAGAUAAAUAGUGAAGAAUUUUUUUUU